AUUCUGCCACAUCCCACGUUUCAACUUUCAACCCUCCUUUUUUAUAGAAUCCGAUUCCUCUUAUUAUGCUACCGUAAUAAAAAAGAUUGACAUCUCUCCCCAGAAUCACACAACUCUCUCCAACUGAGUCCUUUGAAGUCUCAAAGAAUUUCCAAUGGCAGAUCCGAACACGAAGCCAGAGCUCUUUGAACUCAACAAUGGAACAAUGAGUGUUCUCAUUACCAACCUGGGCUGCACCAUCACUUCCUUGUCUGUACCUGGCAAAGACGGGAAAUUGGCUGAUGUUGUUCUUGGAUUCGACUCUCUUGAACCAUAUCUGAAAGGUGCUGCGCCCUAUUUUGGCUGCAUUGUGGGUCGGGUCGCUAACAGAAUCAAAGAUGGAAAAUUUACACUUAAUGGGGUUGAAUUCUCUUUGCCCAUCAACAAGCCUCCAAACAGUCUCCAUGGAGGGCACAAGGGAUUUGAUAAAAGGGUGUGGGAUCUAGUCGAACAUAAAAAAGGCGAGAACCCUUCAGUGACUUUUAAAUAUCACGCCCAUGAUGGGGAGGAAGGUUACCCAGGUGAUGUCUCUGUGACUGCAACCUACAAACUUACUUCAAGCACAACACUGAGACUUGACAUGGAAGCUGUGCCAGAGAACAAGCCAACUCCAAUAAGCUUAGCUCAACACACUUACUGGAACUUAGCUGGCCACAACUCCGGGAACAUACUUGACCACUCAAUUCAGAUUUGGGCAAACCAUAUUACUCCUGUGGAUCAGAACACAAUCCCUACUGGUGAGAUCAUGCCAGUGAAAGGCACCCCCUUUGAUUUCACCUAUGAAAAGAGGGUAGGCGAGUCAAUCCAUGAGGUUGGUAUAGGGUAUGACCACAACUAUGUGCUAGACCAUGGGGAAGAGAAAUCAGGUUUGAAACAUGCCGCCAAAGUGAAGGACCCGUCGAGCUCUAGGGUCCUUAACCUGUGGAGCAACGCUCCUGGGAUGCAGUUUUAUACAGGAAAUUACGUGAAUGGAGUCGCCGGUAAAGGAGGUGCUGUUUAUGGAAAGCAUGCUGGGCUAUGUUUGGAGACUCAGGGAUUCCCAAAUGCCAUAAACCAAUCGAACUUCCCAUCUGUUGUUGUUCAACCCGGUGAGAAGUAUAAACACACAAUGUUGUUUGAGUUUUCAGUUGAGUGAAGUAAUCAAUAGUCUUUUUGAGAAGAUAUCAGAAUAAGGUUAACUUUGGUUUGGUUGCUACUAAUAUGUGCAUGAACCUAAAUAUUAUUUUCCCAGUUUAUUAUUUAAUAAUAUGAUGAGAUACGUAUUUGUUUACUUGA